AUGCUGCUACCAGGGAGGAAAGUACUCCCUCAUAUUGGUGCACCUGGUCCUGAUACUGCUACCAGGGAGGAAAGUACACCUCAUAUUGGUGCACCUGGUCCUGAUACUGCUACCAGGGAGGAAAGUACACCUCAUAUUGGUGCACCUGGUCCUGAUGCUGCUACCAGGGAGGAAAGUACACCUCAUAUUGGUGCACCUGGUUCUGAUGCUGCUACCACGGAGGAAAGUACACCUCAUAUUGGUGCACCUGGUUCUGAUGCUGCUACCAGGGAGGAAAGUACACCUCAUAUUGGUGCACCUGGUUCUGAUGCUGCUACCAGGGAGGAAAGUACACCUCAUAUUGGUGCACCUGGUUCUGAUACUGCUACCAGGGAGGAAAGUACACCUCAUAUUGGUGCACCUGGUUCUGAUGCUGCUACCAGGGAGGAAAGUACUCCCUCAUAUUGGUGCACCUGGUUCUGA